AUGGCAUAUGGAUACGUACCAAGACCAGCCGGCUCGGAUCCCAGCACGCUUCGGCCUCGUCUCUAUGCGCUUCCGGCACGGGCGCAGACACAGCAACGUCAAGGCGUCGUCAUCGUCCCCUUCAACGCCGAUGGUGUCCAACAAGCGGACUACUCAUUCGCCAGUCGUGGCAAGACACUGCAACCCCCACCAGCGCUGAUGGAGUACUUGGCCAAGGUGUUCAACGACGAGCUCGAGCGCGGCGUAACUUAUCCUCAACGUGCGCCAAUGGAGCUGGCAGAGUUUCAAGGCUACUUUUUGGGGUACGACCUACUUGUUGGACUGUUUCUGUCCGCUCAAGAGCAGGCAAAGAUCACGAGUGCAGACGUUCCUGAGGACGGCGUGGAGCUCGAUGACGUGAGCCGACUCCCUGAUUUGUCACAGCUCGACUACGACCGGCAAGUGGCCGGAUUCUACUACAUCAAGCCCAACUAUCCGGGUCGAUCGUCGCAUCUGUGCAAUGCAGGCUUCGUGGUACCUCCCGCAGGAAGAGGUUUCGGGCUUGGUGGCGUGCUCGGUCGGUCGUUCUUGCACUAUGGCCCGCGAGCGGGGUACAAGGGAUCCGUCUUCAAUCUGGUCUACGUCAACAACAUGGCGAGCGUCAAAAUCUGGCAGAGGCUCGGAUUCACCAUCGUGGGGAGAUUGCCUAUGGCAGGUCUACUCAAGACAGAAGAUGGCGGAGAAGAGCUCACCGACGCCUACAUCAUCUUCAAGGACUUUACAGGCACAGUACAGCAUGGUCAAACCGCAGAGCCGAAGGCGCUUCCAACUCAGACGGGCGAUGGAACCCGCGAUGCGUUCAAAUAG